GCAAAUCGCUCUGAGAGCCCUUAGAUCUGCCUGGUAGUCGCAGCGACAUGGGGUUAAGAUAAGAGGAGUGUGUCUACAUGCUUCAGAGCGAAGACCCAGCGCAAACGAAAGGGAUUGGUACUCAGGUUGAAAGGGUAGCCUACUAGCCUACAUUUUCAUCCCGCCGUGUGUAAAGGGGAUACAUACAUAGAUGGACAGAGCGUUGAAUUCCAAAUUAACUUGCCAACCGGUGCGAGGAAUUGGUGGAUAUAAUGGGGAAUACGACACCUAAGCCUUUUGUAGAUGCGACCCUACAUCACCGCCCAGUGGCCAAGAGGCAGUACUACAUCCUUCCCAACAGCGGAUCGAGUGUGGAGAGACGGACCCCUGCUCCUCCUGCCAGCCUCAGCCUCGAGUCGCCGCGCUUCCACCCCCACGCCAAGGGCAAGAACGUCCGUCUGGACGGGCAGCUACGGCGCGCCACCCGCAAAAACAGCUUCUGUAAUGGCAUCACCUUCAGCCACAGACCCGUGCGUCUGUACGAGAAGGUGCGUCUGCGUCUCAGCGGCGUGCACACGGGCUGGAGUGGCGCUCUGCGCUUUGGCUUCACCAGCCUGGACCCAAGCGAGCUGUCCUCGGCGGAAAUCCCCAAGUACGCAUGCCCCGACCUGGUGACGCGGCACGGGUACUGGGCCAAGGCCCUGCCUGAGAGGCUGGCCCAGAAGGACAACGUCCUCUCCUUCUGGGCCGACCGCCACGGCAGGGUGUUCUACAGCAUCAACGAAGGGGAGCCCAUCCUCUUCCACUGCGGGCUGAGUAUCGGCUGCCCGCUGUGGGCCAUUGUCGACAUCUACGGGAUCACGCAGGAGGUCACGUUACUCGAGAGCACGUUUGCAGAGAGUGUGGCGUCCAGCUGUCUGUCUGCGGCGCGCCUCAGCGCCUACCUGCCCCAGAGCAGCCACGACUCGGCCAACUACAACAACAACCAGCUGGAGCACAACCAGGCGGCCGCCGCCAAGAUCGCGACCCUGCAGCUCAGCGGCUACAGCCAGCUCACCCCCUGCGGCUCCUCCUCCACCUCCAGCUCCUCCACCUCCACCCCCGUCACUACCUCCUCCUCCUCCACCUCCUCCUCCUCCACCUCCAGCCCGCUCUCCGCCAGCUCCGCCGCCUCCUCCUCCGCCUCCCCCGGCGGCCCCCGCCCGGCCAAACCGGGCCUCCCCUUGGUGCUGGACAACGGCCUGCACUUCCACCUGGUGCGCGGCUCCGACGUCGUCCUGUCGGCCGACCGCUCGGCCGCCUGCAUCCACUUCCUGGACAGCAGCCGCACGCUGGUGUUCGGCGACCGGCCGCUGCACGUGGACGAGACGGUGUACGUGGAGGUGGGCCACCUGGGCCUGCCCUACUUCGGGGCGCUGCUGUUCGGCCUGACGUCCUGCGACCCGGCAGGCCUCCACGCCGGCGAGCUGCCCGCCGACCCCCAGCUGCUGCUGGAGCGCAAGGAGUACUGGGCGGUGCACCGCGGCGUGCCCGUGCCCUGCUCCGGGGACGUGCUCAGCUUCACGCUGCGCGCCGACGGGGAGGUGCACCACGGGGUGAACGGGGCGCGGCGCGGCCGUCUGCUCUGCGUCGACGCGUCGCAGGUGCUCUGGGCGUUCUUCACCCUGCACGGCGCCAUCAACCGGCUGCGUAUACUGGGGACUCUCCAGUCUUCCCCUCUCUCCGUGUCUCCCAGUGGCUCUCCGAGCAGCGGCCCAGAUGACAGUGAUUCAGACCUGGCUUUCAGUGUCAACAGAUCCUCGUCUGCCUCCGAGUCCUCACUGGGUGCGUGGCUGAAACCCGUCACGGCCCCCAGCUCCCCUCUAAGCCCCCCGGUGUCUCCCAGCCUCUCCGCUCCAGAGCUGCCGCUGCCGGGGAAGAGCGGGGAGUGCACGGUGUGCUUCGACCAGGACGUGGACACGGUCAUCUACACCUGUGGACACAUGUGUCUGUGCCACGAGUGUGGGCUGAAGCUCAAGAGACAGAUGAACGCCUGCUGCCCUAUCUGCCGCAGGCCCAUCAAAGAUGUCAUCAAGACGUAUCGGCCCUGAUUAUGCAAUACGACUUGAACUUAUUUUUACCCCAUGGUGGGAUGGUGGAUGCCUUGAUGCUGCAAGCUUCCCUGUCUCCUGUUUGUUUCUCAGGCUUUGAGGAUUUAAAAAUACAAACUUGAAGAGAUCCACAACAUGCCACGAUUGUGCCUUUAGUUUUGAAAUCAAUGAUUUCAACAUUGCAACAAUUGAAGCGACUGGUCUGUGUGUUGAUCCAUAAAGGCAAGCGUGUUGCUUCUAUUGUGAGCCAGAACAUUGUUGAGGCUAACUUUAGCAAAGAAGGCUACCCACUAUGCCCAGCCUUGGAUCUGAUCUCUCCUGCUGUGCUUAUUUUCUAUUUUCUUUCUGUGCGUAGGCUGAAAAGGAGAUGGCCUGCAAUGAAUAUUUAGUUCUCAAGUUAUUUUUCACCCAGUUUGUUCCUUUUAGUUUAUUUUUUGUUAAUAGAUGUUACAGCACAUGAAUACAGCUAUAGUGUAUGUAUAGUGUAUAAUGUAUAUAUAUAGUACCACAUAUAGUGUUUGACUUAAAGUGCCUUAGACAUUUGUCCAUUUGCAGACGUAUUACUUUAAAGAAAAUCUAUAGCUACAGCAAGCUAUAUAUUUUAAAUGGUCCAUUGGUGACACACAAAAUGUGUUGUGUGGUGAGUAAAUGUAUCGGGAAUGGGAAGAAAGCAGGAAUUUAAUUAAUUUUUGUUUGGUAAGUAAGACAAACAUUUUGAAAAUUAAAAAGAAAUUCAAAAUGCCUAUAUUAAUAUUGCAUAUAUAUUAAUUCUUUAAUCCAGAUCUGAGAAGUGUUUUUACUCUUUUGGUGCCUUAAAUGUCUUGUGAUGUAUUGUUUGAGGAUAAUAACUCUGAAGACCCUCCAAGAAAUCUUUUUUCAUGCACUGAAAGACUUUGUCAUACAUAAAGUCAUAAAGUCACUGAAAGACUAUGUAUUUCUGGCAUGACACAAGGUUGGGAUUAUAGAGUACAUUAAGAGUUUAUGUUCUCUACUGAUUAAAACUAACUUUUUUUUCUGUGUGGAUAAAAAAACAUGGGUUUGAAGACGGGUUCAUCUUAACUGGUGGGAACUAUGUAGGCUUGAUGUCGCCAUUUUUAUUUCUACAACUUAAAUUGAAUAAAUACAAAAUUAGAAUAUUGA